ACUGAAGAUGGAAUUGUCAAAAAGUUUUGUCCGCAUCAUUUGAUUGACAGCAAGUCCAAAGCUGACAUUACCUGUGCAGUGUAUAAUUACAAUGGAACAGAGGUACUGGGCUCCUACAAUGAUGAUGACAUUUAUUUGUUUGAUAAUACACAUUCCGAUGGUGCAGACUACAUUCACAGAUAUGGGGGUCACAGAAACAGUGCCACAGUGAAGGGAGUGAACUUUUAUGGCCCCCACAGUGAGUUUGUAGUCAGUGGGAGUGACUGCGGCCAUGUGUUCCUGUGGGACAAAGAGACGGAGAGCGUGGUACAGUUCAUGGAGGGAGACGAUUGUGGAGUGAUCAAUGUGUUGGAGCCCCAUCCUUUUGCCCCGGUUUUAGCCACCAGUGGUCUGGAUCACGAUGUGAAGAUUUGGGCCCCCACUGCCGAGGAGCCAACUGUGUUACCCAACCUCAAAAAGACAACCAAGAAGAAUAAGAAGGAGAGAAAUGAGGAGAAUUUGAGUGACCCUUCUGCCUUGCAUGACAUGUUGGACGGGCCAAUGAUGUACUAUAUAAUGAGACAGAUCAGUCGAGCUAGGAGAAGGAAUGAACCAGAUGCCGAUGAUUCGAGUUCCAACACUUCCGACUCGGAUUCUGAAGAUUCCGAAUUUGGCCCAGCAGACAGGCUUCAGUGUGCACAGCAGUAAAUCAGCCAUGUGUGACCAAAAUAAAUCAGCGUCAAAGGGCUGUGCCAGAUUAAUCAAAAAGCUUAUGCAGGAAUUCUGGGAAAAAAUAUUAUUCAUAGGAGACUUCAUUUUCAUGCUUCAAUGUAA